CAACCAUGGUAUCGCCUAAUGACCUCCUCAAGAAGCACUUGUCUGGCCUGAAUUCUGAACCAACAUAGCUUGCUAUCAAGUUUGACGAAGGACCUAAAGGGCAAGGAGUCAUGGUGAAUUUCGCGGCCCUUGUGCGCGAGCAUUGGAUGCAAACCCUUGUGCCUAUUGGCAUUAUUAUGGGUAUCUACCUGGACAGGUGGAAUGACAGCAGACUAACAGCAUUCAGGAACAAGAGUGCUUUAUACAGCAGGGAACUGAAGCCUGGUGAGGAGGUCACCUGGAAGUGAUGCAGCAAGAAAGACCAUAUCAUCCCUGAGUCCCUUGUGUGUGUGGAAGGGUUUCUAUUUCGUCCUCAAAUUGAGGCCUGUUAAAAGCUGUUUCUUCCCUAGAUGUUGACCAAUAAAAUGUUAUAAUAAUAGA